AUGGGCUGGGGCGGUGUGCUUCGCGACUCGCAAGGAAAUUGGAUGCUUGGGUUCCAUGGUUAUCAGGCGGGAGGAAAUGCCCUGUUAGAAGAAGCUUAUGCUCUCAAGUAUAGCCUGCAAUUGGUGUGGGACAAAGAAUACAAGAAGGUAAUUUGUAAUGUGGAUUGCAGAGAUCUUCUUCAAGUCUUGCAAGAUAAGGAAAGCAUAAUUUUCUUCCCCAUUCUGGAUGAUAUCCUUAAGUUGUUGGGGAAAAGGUGGUCGAUGACAGUAAGUAGUAUUGGUCGAGAGUGCAACAAACCGGCAAAUUGGUUGGCAAAGAGAGGGGAUUCGUCUUUGUUUAAUGCCUGGUGCCUGAUGAAGGAUCCACCUGAGAAUUUGAGAUUCUCAUUUUCAGGGAUCGCUUAG